AUGAGGGUCAAUGGCAAGAACUGGCAUGCUCCCAAGAAGCCUUUCCGCCCUACAGCAGGCCAGACAGCAUAUGCCAAACGAAAAGAACUCGAUAUGCUCAAACAAGCCACCAAGGCCCGCGAACAAGAAAUGAAAGAAGAAAAAGAAGCCGAGCGGAAUCGACGGAUACAGGCCAUCAAGGACAGACGGAAAGCUAAAGAGGAGAAAGAACGGUAUGAGAAGAUGGCAGAGAAAAUGCAUCAGAAAUUGGUCGAGAGGAGGAAGCGAAGAGAGAAAAGGAAUAAGCUGCUGAAAAGUUGA